GGGACUCGGUCGGGGGGGCAGUCCGCCAUUGUGGAAGAUGGCAGGGGGGGGGGGGGGUGUAUUCCCGUAAACCGCUCGUCACGCUCCCGUUGACUCACUCCCCCGGCUCCUCUCCGUUCGCUCCGACAUCCACCUCGUUCGCAGGCCAAUUUAUUCGUCGAUAAACGGCGACGUCGUCGUGUGCUCCUGGGAGAGGUGCGGGAGGGGAGGGGGUCGAGGGGGAGCUCCGCCGCCGACACCUGAACGUUCGCGGAGGGAUCGAACAGCCGGAGAACCGAAGCAGGGAGACGGGGAGGGGAGGGAGAGAGAGCGCGGCGCAGGAGGAGUGCGCACGGGCGAACGGACAGUGUGCUGAGCAGCCAUCGGCCCCGCUUCCUGGAGGAUGUCUGCGACCACAGUGGACCACCAGCAGAGACCCAAAGGACAGGGAAAUAAAGCAGUGCAAAACGGAUCAAUGCAUCAAAAGGACGGAGUGAAUGAUGAUGACUUUGAGCCUUACAUCAGCAGCCAGACAAAUCAGGGCAACAGCUACCCAGCCAUGUCUGAUCCCUACAUGCCGAGCUACUACGCGCCGCCGUCGAUCGGAUUUCCAUACUCCCUGGGAGAGGCCGCCUGGUCCACAGCCGGAGACCCGCCCAUGCCCUACCUGACCACCUACGGACAGAUGAGCAACGGCGAGCCGCACUUCAUCCCCGACGGCGUCUUUAGCCAGCCGGGUGCUCUGGGCAACACGCCUCCCUUUCUGGGCCAGCACGGUUUCAACUUCUUCCCCGGCAAUGCCGACUUUUCCACUUGGGGCACCAGCGUGUCCCAGGGUCAGUCCACGCAGACCUCCGUCUACACUAACAGCUACGGCUACGCGCCCAGCUCGCUGGGCCGCGCCAUCGCCGACGGACAGGCCGGCUUCAGGAGCGACGCGCAGCUCGGUAAGAUGCCGGUGUUGAACAGCAUCGAGCAGGGCGUGGCGGGGCUCAAGCUGGCUACGGACAUGGUCGCGGCCGUCACCAAAACGGUGGGCUCGCCCUUAGCGGCCGCGGCGGGGAUGAGCAGCGUGGCGGCCAAUAACCCGUCGCCUUCCGUGAGCUCGUCGGCGGGUAAAAGCGCCUCGUGGGCGGCCAUCGCCAAGAAGCCGGCCAAGCCUCAAGUCAAGGCCAAGCCCAAAGCCAACGUGGGGAUUCCUCCCCCGCCCAUCAAGCACAACCUGAACAUUGGCACCUGGGACGAUAAGGGCCCCCCGAACAAGCCGCCGCUGGCUCAGACCAUGAUGCCGACCGUGCCUCUGGUGCAGCAGCCUCUUCUGGCCCAGCCCCCGGCCUUACUGCAGACCCCUUUGGCCCAUCAGCCUCAACACCAGCACCAGCCCUUCCACUUACAGUCCCUCCAGUCCCCGCAACAGCCUCAGUCCCUCCCCCUGCACCUCUCCUCUCACCCGGGCCCCCCCCCGCCGGCCCUCCAUCAGCAUCAACACCAACAGCCCGGCCCGCCGGCCAACCGCUGGGUGGCGCCCAGGAACCGCGGCGACGGCUUCGGCUUGGGCGUUGCGAUGAGCGCCUCGCUGUGCUCGGGCGAAGCGCACCCCGUGCUGGAGAAACUGCGCGCCCUCAACAACUACAACCCCAAAGACUUUGAGUGGAACUUGAAAAACGGACGGGUUUUCAUUAUUAAGAGCUAUUCGGAAGACGACAUCCACCGCUCCAUCAAGUAUUCCAUCUGGUGCAGCACAGAACACGGCAACAAGCGUCUGGACGGGGCCUACCGCUCGCUGGGAGCCAAGGGGCCCCUGUACCUGCUGUUCAGCGUCAACGGCAGCGGGCACUUCUGCGGCGUGGCCGAGAUGCGCUCGCCGGUGGACUACAACGCCUACGCCGGCGUCUGGUCUCAGGAUAAGUGGAAGGGCAAGUUUGAGGUGAAGUGGGCCUUCAUCAAGGACGUGCCCAACAACCAGCUGCGACACAUCCGGCUGGAGAACAAUGACAACAAGCCGGUGACCAACUCCAGGGACACUCAGGAGGUGCCCCUGGAGAAGGCCAAGCAAGUGCUUAAAAUUAUCGCCACUUACAAGCAUACCACCUCAAUCUUUGAUGACUUUGCACAUUACGAGCAACGCCAGGAAGAAGAGGAGGCUUUGAGGAAGGAACGCAGUCGAAAUAAACAGUAACCUCCAGGCCAACGAGACAUCCCACACUAAAAUGACGUAGGACCUUCAAAACAACGAUAAAAUUAAGAAUUGCUUCACCACGACGACGACGACGACCAACCGAUCACGGCAACACUCGACGUGUGGAUUUCGAAGCCACCCUGCUUUGGAAGCACUUUCAUCCCCUCACCGUUUCAAAUUUUGUUUGCAACUAACUUGACUAAUCGGCGUAGUCGCCAUGUUUUUUUCCGUUUUGAUUUGGAAAUCAUUUGAGCUCUCUCUCGUCUUGGGAUCAGUAUUCGGGUGAGUUAAUUGGGGGAAACCGCAGUCAUGCCAAUCGGAGGCCGUAUUAAGCCGCAUAUUGAAAGAAUGCGACGGACGGGCUCAUCUUUUGUUUUGUUUUUUUUCCUUCUUCUCUUGUGAUUCUUAAGUGCUUUCUGUCUGAGGAGAAUGUGGCCGAUUCACUAGCGACAAUAAAGAAACGAGCCGUGUUUAGCGGAAAAAAAAAAUCCCCC